GAGAAGAUGAAAUAAAAUCCAGAUUGCAGUAAGAGAGUUUCACACCAUCUUAUUUCCCACUCAAAAAGUAUUAAACGUUUAAUCAAAGGUCCAAAAUCACUAAAAUAUUUGAGUAAAAAUAGAAAGAAAAAAAGUAGAAAAUAUACUCAUAAGGCACUGCUCCACAUUUCAUUGAUACAAACUAACCCAAUCUCAUAAUCUAUAUAUUCUGCUAACUAGUGUGAAGACUCAUUCUGCAGUGUGUAGUGAUGUGAGAAGAAAGGGAUUUAGUAGGUAGAACAUUUGAGCUAGACUUUAGCUCUCCAAGUCUCCAUUGUGCCAGCUCAUUAAACUUAAAUCAUCAAUUAUUAAAACAUAUCUCCCAUGUCUCAAUUUGAUCUAAAAUUGUUUUGCUUUAGUUUUCUUUCUUUUCCUCCUGUGUUUUGAUCAUUUGUGCCAAUACAGGAGAAUGAGAAGCUGUACCUGCAGAUGAAGGCUCAGCAGGCGCAGAGUAAAUCCAACGAGGAGGCCAUGUUCAAUGAAAACCAGAGGCUGCUCAACGAGCUGGCCUUCACUAGGGAGCAGCUGAAAAAUACCUCCAGGACUGUUGGAAAUGUGUGUUUGAUGGAUCACACUCAGCGCAUUACUGACUUGUUAGCUCAAAAUAAUAAAUUUCAGAGGAAUGAAGCCACACUGUGCGAGGAUGUCCGCAGAGUGAAGCAGGAGAAGCAGGCUCUGGAGGUAGACCUGCAGCUGAUGAAGAAAGAGAGGGACCUCGCUAAAGCUCAGGCCGUGUCUGCCUCAGGUGAUAAGUCCUUUGAUAUGCGCGUGUUGGAGGAGAAGCACAGAGAGCAGGUGUCGUCCCUGAGCAAAAAGCUGCAGUGGUUUGCAGAAAACCAGGAGCUGCUGGAUCGAGACGCUGGCAGACUGAAGGCUGCUACCACUCAGAUUCACCAACUCAAAGAGCAGGUAGAAAAACUGAAAAGUGAUGUGGGCAAAAGAAGCAGCGAGGCGCAGACAAAGACCAAAGAGAAAACAGUGGAAACUAAGAGGAUGCAGGACCUGCAGCGACAGGUUUCCCUCACAAACACACACAAACUACAUAAUUAAACUCUCCCCCCCCUGUUUAUGUCUCUUCAUAUUUUAGUGGGAAUGCUGAUACCCACUAUCUGUUCUUCGACGCACAAAAUUCUUUAUUAUUCCGCCAGUUUAUUUUGACGCUCUUCUUUUCUCACAUUCCACAUCGCAGAAACUCCGUUCAAACAUCAA